UCAGCUUCUGUGGGGCUCGCUCUCCACAGUCCUUCUCCAACUGCCUUCCUUCUCCUUUCACACAAAGGAGCCCAGACACCCUCCAGAGAUGCUGUGGCUGCUGCUGCCCCUGCUAUGGGCCACUGACCCUCCUUUCUCUGCAGGGUUCCUGGCCGAAGAUGAGGACCACUGGCUGACAGUGCAGAGGUCCGUAACAGUGCAAGAGGCCCUGUGUGUCUUUGUGCCCUGCACUGUCACCUACCGCCAGCACUACUGGACUGACUCAACCCCAGCUCAUGGCUACUGGUUUCAGGAAGGAGCCAAUGAAUUCCAGGAUCCACCAGUGGCCACCAACAACCAAGAUCGGAAAGUGCAAGGCGAAAAGCAGGGCCGAUUCCACCUCCUUGGGGACCCCCUGAACUACAGCUGUUCCUUGGACAUCACAGAUGCACGGAGAAGGGACACAGGGACAUUCUUCUUUAGGGUGGAGAGAGGGCAUUAUGAGGCAUAUAGUUACAAGGAGAACCAGCUCUAUGUACAUGUGACAGCUCUGUCACAGACACCUGACAUCUACUUCCAAGGGUUCCUGGAAUCAGGGCACCCCAAGAACAUUACCUGUGCUCUUCCAUGGGCCUGUGAGAGAGGGACACGUCCAGAAUUCUACUGGAUUGGGGGCAAUGUCGCCAUCCUGGGUUCCAGGACCUUCAGCUCCUCAGUGGUCACCCUCACACCAGGGCCUGAGGACCACAGCACCAACCUCACCUGUCGAGUGACCUUCCCUGGGGCUGAUGUGAGCACUGAGAGGACCAUCCAGCUCACUGUGUAUGCUCCACAGAACCUGACUGUUCGUGUCUUCUGGGGAAACAGCACAGUCCCUGAGGUCCUGGGCAAUGCCACCUCCCUGCAAGUCCAGGAGGGCCAGUCCCUGCGCUUGGUCUGUGAGACAGAUGGCAACCCCCCAGGGAGGCUGAGCUGGUGGCGGGGGAGCCUGACUCUCAGCCCCUCCAAGCCCUUGGAGCCAGGGGUCCUGGAGCUGCCCCAGGUGGUCGUGGCAGAUGCAGGGGAGUUCACCUGUCGAGCUCACCACCCACGGAUCUCCUACCACGUCUCCCUGAACCUAGUUGUGCAGGGACUUAUGUCUCCCACUAGUUCAGAGACUCCCAUGGAGACCAGGCUGCAAGGAGAGACUGAGCCCCAUCCUCAAGGUGGUGCCGAGGCCUGGGCUCCAGAGCUUGGGCAGGUGGAUGAGGAUUCCAUAAACCAUUGUGUCCUGACACCCACCUGGCACAGCUUUGUGGAGCAAGGAGGACUCAGGGCAGGGGUGGUGCUCGUGGCCAUCACAGAAGCAGCUGUCAAGACCCUGGUCCUUCUCCUCUGCCUCAUCAUCCUCAUAGCGAGGAUCUGCAUGAGGAAGUCGUCCCAGACUGCAGAAAAUGUGGAGGAUGAGAAUAUCAUCCUAGGCUGGCCCCACAGACCUCCAGACUGUGGUUCCAGAGACUGUCCACUACCAGCAAAGUAUGAACACUGAUGGCUCCUCUCCAUGACCAGAGACCCAGGUGAAAAUGACACAGGCUGGAUCUGAGGACUUGGCAUGGUCCAUCCCCAACUGAAUGCUGCACAAGAUUCUACCAUGUCUGUGAAUCUCACACCAUGUCCACACCCAGCUGGACCAGGGCCUGGGUGACUCUGAGACUUUGCAUGUGCAGUUUCUUGGGCUGAAAUGUUCUUCCUUCCCCAUUCCUACUUCUGCAAGUCCUGAUUCUCCCUCACUGUGAGUCAUGCCACUGUGUGUGUUAUUGUACAUUUCUGAGCAGAGUGACAUUCACUCAUUUAUUCAUAGACACAUUUAGGAAGCGUCACUGAACACCUACUAUGUACUAGCAUUGUUGUAGAUCCCAGAGAUGCAUCAGGAAACACAGCUUCAAGAAUAUCCACCAUCGAAACAACAUGAAAAGAAGCUCCUGCAAGCAAGGUAUAAAAAUGAGUGACAAACACAUG